AUGGGAGUCCUAAAUUUGCAGGACUCCACCGCAUGGAACAACCUUAUAACCAGAGAUAGUCAAAAGGCUGACAAGCAGUUGGAGCAGUUCUUAGAAGCGGGGACCGCAGGGACAGCAUUGUUUUUUGCCUUCACCAAAUCAGAAGGCUCUCAAGGCGUGGAAGAGAUGAAUCGUUGUAUGCUCGUCGGUCUCGUUGGGCCCUGCAUUUUAGAGGAUCUGACCCACAUUUUGGAGGGUUUCUUGGUGCCGCUUCUAUCCUAUGAGCCUCAACCCAUCAUUAGCGCUGACGUUGAGCAGGCCGCAGCUGCUCCUGCCAUUGCUGGCAAGCCAGCUUCACCCGAAUGCAUGAAACUGAAGGGGAAGCUUGGCUCCUCCUCUUCUACCGAUUCCCACCCACCAGACACCGAAUCGCUGCUUGAUGGAGAGGACGAUGAUUACGAAGAAUCCGCAGCAUCAUCAUCGCCCAGCAGGCUCGCGUCAACAUCGGCAGCAGAAAGGAAAACCAGUGCUUCCAUUGUGGGCACAGCAGGGCCUACAGAAGAAUACGUUGCAGCCGAUGAAGCGCCGGACGAGAGUACUCCGGACGCAAGCGUCCCCUUUUUGGACCCAGAAUGCAAGAAUCGCACGAUGCACCUUGCAGCUGACUGGAGCGUUCCAAUCGGUGAAAUGGUACUCUGGCUUGCUGGUUUGCCGAAGCUGAUACUGGAGCUCUUGGAGGCUGAGAGCCAACGCGAGCACGACUGCUUUUUGCCGGUGUCAGAGGUCAAUUUUUGGAGGGACAGGUACACUGCAGUCUCCUUGCUCUACGAGCAGCUUCUCGCGCCGCAGUGUCAGCAGGCAAUACAACAGUUUGAAGAGGCCCAGCCAGAUUCAACGGUUUCGCAAUCAUUUAAGAAGGCUUUGAAUGAGCUGCAGCAGUUGCAUACUGAGUCCAUGAGCAACGUUCGCUUCCUGGCAACUCUCGAGAGGUAUUUCACAACGUUGGGAACGAGCCCGCUUGGACCCAUGGCUGACACGAUUGCCUCGCUGAUGAACGCUUUGCGGAUGGUCUGGGUAACAUCAAGACACUACACCACCGACGAACGUAUGCAAAACUUAAUGGAGAGGAUUGCUUACCAGUUGGAGAUUCGCAUUCGUCAAGACGUUUGCGUAGAGCAACUCCUACGGAACGAUGUUGAAGAGGCUAGCACGAUAUUGCAACAAUCGCGUGUCUUACUCGAAACAUGGAAAGCAGAGUACUUCAACAUGAGGUCCCGACUUGAAGAGUCGGAAUGCAACAGAAGAUGGGAAUUCGACAGGCGCAAACUUUUCCGGACGACAGACUACAUGGCUUCAAUGUGCUCAAAGUUUGAGGAAAUAGUCAAAACUAUAGGGCAGUUCAGACGUUUUAUCGGCCCCAAACUUCAUUCGGUUACUCGUUCUCGUCGAGCAGUAAAUAGACUUACUGAGAAAAUGCAGGUUCUCAUUGGAUCAUUUGACUCCGUCUCCGACAGGGUAUUCUGUGAAAAGGAUUCAGAAGAGGUCUUCUUGACGGUGAAGCAGUUCUGGCGACGUACAGAGGAGCUUGAAGAUGAGUGCAUAACGUUUCUCGAUACGAAAUUCACGAGACUGCGUUCUGCUCUUGGAGCGUUCGAAAUGCUUAAGGAUUUCACGACCACUGCCAGCAGGCCAAGGAUCAACGUGAAGCUUGGGGAGAAGUUUGUAGACAUUCUGAAGCACUUCAACACUGAGGUGGAUCGCAUGCGCGACCUAUUCGACGAAGGCCGGGAGAACCCCUGUUUACCUAGCCACAUGCCUCCUGUCUCCGGCGCCAUUUUGUGGUCAAGUGGACUCUUACAAUCCCUCAAAGCAAGCGUUUUGGCCUUCAAGCAGAUGCCAGAAGUGUUUGACUUUGAACAAGCAGAGGAUGUCUUUGGCAACUACCUCUCCUUUGCAAAGUCAAUCACAGCUUACCAGAAUUCCCUGGUAAAGCAGUGGCAGGUUGCUGCAGUAAGUACUGCUACUGAAUGCUUAAAAUCAUACGUCCUCCGGCGGCAACCUAACGGGGCAUAUGCCGUGAACUUCCGUCCAGACGUGUGGGUUGUUAUGCAAGAAGCUCGUUACCUUGACCAGCUUGGUAUGCGUGAAGCCCCUGCGGCCGUUGUAAAUGUCGCUUUGCACAAGGUGAGCAUCAUGGCUACCACCUGGGCCUCGUGUAUGUUCUGCAGGGCUGUUCUACCUGGCCUUACAACCUUAAAUUGGACAAGCUUGGGGCUGGAGGAUUUCGUAGGCUCGUCUCUGAAAGCGUUGACAAUCUUUAAAGCUACGUGUGAACAAGUGUUCAAGAAUGUGGAAAUCAUUGAACAAAUUGUUAAGGAAAUCGAGGAAGCACAGUUGGACUUCUACGACUACAUAGAGGAGCACAGAGCUCGUGUUGUUGAAGGACUUCAAGUCAGAUAUGAGUCAGUCACAUCUUAUCUGAAAAAAAUUGAAGAACUACUGGAAGGCAGGAUGACAGGAUCCAGCGAAACGAUGGCUGCUUACUACAACUACUGGGAGCGUCGAAUUUUUAAUGCUAUUGCCACAAUGCUGAUACGAGCUGUCCUCCUGCUGCAGCACAUCACAAAGUAUGUGAAAAACUGGAGCAAGUACGAAGCUGAGUGGUCAUUGUGGAACCCAGAUCGUAAAUCUCAACUGGAACAAUUAAUGAUCAAGAGACCGAACUUGGUGUAUUUCGACGUUUAUGUUCGAGCCUACGACAAGCUUGCCGCAGAGCUAGGCUCGAUACCUAAAGUAAAGACUGUUGCCUUUAUUCAACUCGACUCCUCGACAGUCAUUGAUGGAAUACGAAGGCAGGCCCUCGUGAUAAGUAGAGCAUAUGCAGAUACCCUUCAUGAAAUUGCGAAGCGGGAAAGGCUGGAUCUGAAAAAAUUGAUUAACGAAAGACGGGAGAAGCUGGAAGUGGAGACGGAUACCCUGGAAAGAUUCAAGGUGCUUAUGGAAUCAGUGACAACCAUAAAUGACAGUGCCAUGGAUGCAGAGAUACGACUGGCAGAGAUGCGCGAAAUGUACAGUACUCUCCAAAGUUAUGACUACCCGAUAAAUCAAGCAGAAAUGACAGAUUUAACAGCUCUACCCAGAGAAUGGAAGGAGCUACGAAACCUUGCUCAUCGCAAAACGCGGCAGCUAGCUUCAAUAAAGACCAAAUUCGCAGGCGAAAAGAAGCAGGAAGUCGCGGAUUUUAUGGUCGCGUGCAAGGCGCUUCAGCAGAAAUUUCGAGAUUUAUCGUCUUCGGUAGAUACUCCACUUGCGGAGGGACGGCAAGCGAUGACAGCCUUAGAGGAAGAAAUUGUCGAGUUCAAGGCUAGGGCAGCGGAGCUCAACAAUGCCGAAAACUUGUUUUCACUUCCAGUGACUGCUUUUACUAUUUUAGAUAAGCUUGAGGGGGAGGUCAAGCAGCAAGGGCAGAUAUUUACGCUAUUCGCUGAUCAUGAUGUAAUGGUCAAGGAGUGGGCAUCUCAACUGUGGGCAAAGGUGGACUUCCAGGUGGGUGCCACGGAGUGCACUUCCGAAUAUGAAGUUGUGACUAAUUUGAUACGCACUUCCUGCCAGGGCCGCUCAUAG